ACAACAUAGUGAUUCAACAUUUGUAUAUAACAUGAAAUAACCACUACAAUCAGUCUAAUUAAUAUCUAUCACUAGACAUAGUUACAAGUUUUUUUUCUUGUGGUGAGAACUUUUAUAGUCCUUAUUUUGUGGUCUACAGAAGAUAGUAAGAACACAGACUCCAGAACGAGCCUUUCAUUUUUAUCAGAGGACAGUAAAACCACUAAUUAAGAGGAAAAAAGCGGGUGGGGGCAAAAAGUCUUAAGUUUACCGUCAGUGGACAUGUUCAAUGUUCAUAACUCUUAAAUACCUGAAAAAAAAAGAAAGAAGAAGAAACUGAAUUAAACUAGCUAAUCGACUAGCUAGCUGAGGUCCUGCUUCCACCCGCACCGUUUUAAAAAAGAUAGAUUAGGAUGAUUUGCAAUCUGCACAUCAUUUUGACGACAUUGAAAUUAAGGGUACUAAAGUGCUUAAUGAUGGUUGAAAUGGUUUCAUUUCUUAAGUAGUCCAAACUACCACUGUGGCUUAAUACACCUUCUGAAAUAGUGCCAAAACCGGCUCUAAACUUGCACAAAGUCUCAAUUAGAGAAUUCAUAAUUAAAUAACUUUAGAGUGCUUAAUGAUUCUAAACACAGACCAAAUAUUUAAACCUGAUGGACUUUAAUUUGUGAACAUCCUGGAGCUAAAAUCUAUUUAGCUGGGCACCCACCAAAUCCUAGACGUUACAAAGGAAGAAAUAAAGUCUUGAGAAGUGAAAGAAUAUAGGAAGGAGCCAAACAACUGCUUUCUUCACCGCCUAACCAAAAACGUCUAGAAAGAAAUAAUCUUUGCUUUCCUAGACAAGAGGCCUCCGGCUGCCCAGCAUCGCCACACUGCGGGCGCCUCUCUCUCCAUCAGGGUCGGGUGGCUGCCAUCUGAAGUCUUAGCGUCUUCCAGCCGCAGGCCCAACCCAGAGUCUCACAGAUUUUGGGGGCUCUCGCUUUCGGCCACCAGCAGCACCAGCAGCAGCAGCAUGAGACUGAGCAUUAGUAGCAUGAGGAAGAGCGGCAUGGCGCGUCCUGGCGGUGCCCCGGACCCGCGGGCGGGUCGAGGUGGGGAGGCAGGAGGGAUGCGAGCGGCGGAGCUGCAGGCGGGUAGUGCGCUGGGCUAGGGCUGGGCGGCGGCGCAGGCGUUGCCAGGAAACGGGCCGCGCGCGUCCCCAGCUGCCGCGCGCUCACGUCAAGGUUUGUUUAAUAAUCGCCCGGGUAUUUUAUUGUCCUGGCUCCCGGCUGCCGCGCGGGAGCCGGGAGACCGCGCGCGGGGCAGCGAAUGAGGCGCGGCGGCUGUGGCCCAGGGCACCUCCCCCCGGCUUCUCGAACCCUGCCCCGUCCGACCCGAGCGGGGAGGAUGGAAACACCAGCCGCGCUCUGAGCUCCUCAGGAAGAGAACACCUUUCCUGCCACACCACCCCGCGGUCCACGAGUCCAUCUCCCAGAGCGGGCCGAGCGGAAGAGCGAGCGAUGGCAGAUAACCUGAGGAGACUGGUCUCCAACGAAGCUUUACGAUCGUUGCAGGACAAGCUAGAGUCCUGGCUGAGGGAGUACAACGCGAACUCAUGUGAUCAAAAUCUAAAUCACUGCCUCGAACUCAUUGAACAAGUUGCCAAAGUGCAGGGACAGCUCUUUGGGAUCCUCACUAUAGCAGCCCAAGAAGGAGGACAUUAUGAUGGUGUGGAAACAAUCAAAUCACGCCUUUUGCCUUGGCUGGAGGCCUCCUUUACAGCUGCUUCCCUGGGAAAACCUGUGGACAGCAAGGUCCCUUCUCUACAGGACACAUUCGAUAAGGACAGACAUAAGGAGUCUGGUACUCGAGACAUACAACAAUUAGAUGCUGAUUUGAGUGCAACUCAUAAUCAACUCAACCAGGUUCAAGACGAUAUGGCUGAGACUGAAAAGACUCUUGAAGAACCCAAGAACAGAUCUGCCAUAUCCCUUUUGGCUGCAGAGGAGGAAAUAAAUCAGCUAAAAAAGCAGCUUAAAUCUCUUCAAGCCCAGGAAGAAUCUCGCCACAGAAACUCAGAUCGUAGGAGAUCAGAGAAGCGGGGCUCCGAGCGGAGGAGAGUGGAGCUUCGGGGCUCAGAGCAGCGGGUCUCUGACCUGGACAGGCGGAGCGCAAACCAGCGGAACGCAGAAGCGGUGUGCGAUUAUGAGAAACAGCUCCGAACACUGAAGGACGAGAUAGCUGUUCUGUCUGCUGAAAAAUCUAUACUCCAAGGAAGGUCCGCCAGGAGCCGGUCUCCUAGUCCUGCCCCUUGCAGCCGCAGCCACAGCUGGAGCCGAAGCCACAGCCGCAGCCACAGCCGCAGCCACAGUCACAGCCGAAGCAGAUCCGCCAGCCCCUCCUCUGCCAAGGCCAGGACCCCGUCCCCGAAUCGCGCCAAACUGUCCAGCGUGGCGCGCAAAGCUGCCCUGCUGUCCCGGUUCAGCGAUGCCUAUUCCCAGGGCCGCCUGGAUGCGCAGUGCCUGCUGCGGCGCUGCAUCGACAAAGCCGAGACGGUGCAGCGGAUCAUCUACAUCGCGACUGUGGAGGCGUUCCAUGUGGCCAAAAUGGCAUUCAGACACUUCAAGAUCCGUGUGAGGAAAUCACUGACACCAUCCUGUGCAGGGUCAAAUGACUUUGAGGAUGCUGUCUCGGAUUAUAUCAUCUGUCAUCUUGAUCUAUAUGAUUCCCAAAGCAGUGUUAAUGAUGUGAUCCGAGCCAUGAAUGUCAAUCCCAAGAUUUCAUUCCCUCCUGAAGUUGACUUUUGCCUCCUCAGUAACUUCAUCCAGGAGAUAUGUUGCAUUGCCUUUGCAAUGCAGACUUUAGAACCACCCCUAGAUAUUGCAUUUGGGGCCGAUGGAGAAAUUUUUAAUGAUUGCAAGUACCGUCGAAGCUAUGACUCUGAUUUCACGGCUCCCUUGGUCUUCUAUCAUGUGUGGCCUGCUCUCAUGGAGAAUGACUGUGUCAUCAUGAAGGGAGAAGCUGUCACCAGGAGAGGGGCUUUUUGGAAUUCAGUGCGAUCUGUAAGUCGAUGUCGAAGCAGGAGUUUAAGCCCUAUCUGCCCUCGUACCCGUAUUGGUUUAGGCAUGAUAUCUCGAAGCCGGAGUCCUUCUCCAAUAAGAUGUGGAUUGCCAAGGUUUUAAAACCAACAGCCAUUUUCCUCUGCCCAGGACACUCCAAUGGCCAGCUUACCCAGCUCUUCCACCUGCCUGCUGUGUUGCCUCAGACCUCACUUAAGCUAAUGUGACAAGGCAAUUCUGUGUAUCACUUCACACAGAGAGUUAAAUGUUUUGGCUUAGUGCAUUUGUAACUGCAGAUACAUUGCAUUUUAUUUUACUUUUAUAGAUACAGAUUCCAUUAAUUUGAUAAAAACGAUUGCCUAGGUGUUUAGGAUCAUAUUCAUUUGAAGCAAAGUCCAUUAUACAGGUUCAGGAUUCUCAACCUGAAACACAAGGCUCUUUUAUAACAACUAAAGUGAAAAACUUUUACUGUGCUAUGUCCAAAAGAUAAGAAGAGUCGUUUCAAUUUGCAGAGUGAUCAUAAAUAUUAUGAUUGCUGGUUUUAGAUUUAGCUGGGAAACAAUCUGGGGUGUUUUUAUUUUCUUUGGGGACUUGGAAGAGAGCCCCAGUCUCAAGUUGGGGAACUUAUAAUAACAGGGACGUCAGGCUACAUGUACAUGAUGAUGAUUUAGGAAAGUAUAGUUCAUUGGUUGGCUUCUGUUUUCCUGCUGUGAAGUGCCCAGUUUGGUUUAGUUGAGCACUGUUGGUUGAAGCUACCUACUUGAGAGAGUUCUCUUGCUUCAUAAAUGUGGAGUGGUGAUUUGGGUAGAAGCUAACUUGGAGACUAUAUGUUAGUUACCUUGUGUUUAUCUCCUGGGAAUGUUUCUGAAUGAAGUUUUAAUGUACAUGUUAAAUAUAAAAGCUACCUGACAUCUUGA